GAAUUUGUCCAUCAGUAUUCGAAGAGUAUUCCGUUGAUGACGACAAUCCGUCAUUAUGAAAUUUUAUCACUUUUUUUUUUGGUGCGUUAUUCUUGUCGAUGCUAAUGAAAGAAAUUUGAAUAGAACGGAUUUGAAAUGUGUUGGACGCCCGCACUAUAACGUUUCAUUAACCGCUUAUUUUCCUGAUUACGAGAGUGACAACGAAAAUGACUAUCUGGAUGUGAGAGGAAAAAAACUGAGAAAUCUACAGGAUUUUAUAGACGGUCGAAGCGAAUAUGUAACUGCAGCGAUGGAUAUGAUCCCUGAAGUUCCUUACGGUACGCAUUUGUGUAUUCCAGAGUUGAAUGAACAUUUUGGACGACAAAUACAUAUCCAGGUACGAGAUUAUGGAGGGAAUCUGAAGGAUCAGGGCUUCUCCCAGGUUGAUAUCUGCGUCAGGAGCGAAAGUGAUAGUUAUGAUAACGCCGUUAACAGAUUAGUCACGGUUUAUGUGUAAACCCUGAUAAAUAGUCCAUGAAAUUGAACUAGAUCUUGUGGAUAUCAAGUUCCUCCAUCGCUAAAUCAGUCGUAAUCUCUAUAAUCAUUUUGCAAAACCUAUUACCUGACAAUUUACGUCUUACCGUACCUACUGAUUUGAUAAUAAUUAAUGAAUAAAUACUAUCCCAUGCCGCACGGAAUAAUUACUAUCCAGUAAUUUCCAUGAAAAUUUAUCAUUUUCCUCAGAGACAGGAAAAUUGUAAUGCGGGCAAUUACGACAGUAAUGAAGGCAUAAAAAGUUCUAUUAAAAGAUUCCAUCGGCUUUGCGACAAUUGUCUUUGAUGUUAUAUUAUAAUCUAUUCAUUAUUUGUUUAUAUUUGUUUAAAUUGUUAUUUAAAUACAGAUGACAGUGCAUUGAAA